AUGCCUAAGAUGUCUCGAGAGAUGGAAGAGCUCACCCAAACCAGGUUGCAGAAGAUCUGGAUUCCACAUAGCAGUGGCAGCAGCGGAUUACCACGGAGGAGGGGCUCAUCAGUACCCCAGUUUACCAAUUCCCCCACAAUGGUGAUCAUGGUUGGCUUACCAGCUCGAGGAAAGACCUACAUCUCCACGAAGCUCACGCGAUAUCUCAACUGGAUAGGAACACCAACUAAAGUGUUUAAUUUAGGCCAGUACCGACGAGAGGCAGUGAGCUACAAGAACUAUGAAUUCUUUCUUCCAGACAACAUGGAGGCCUUACUUAUCAGGAAGCAGUGUGCCCUGGCAGCCCUGAAGGAUGUCCAUAACUAUCUCAGCCAUGAGGAAGGUCAUGUUGCGGUUUUUGAUGCCACCAACACUACUAGAGAACGACGGUCACUAAUUCUGCAGUUUGCGAAAGAACAUGGUUACAAGGUCUUUUUCAUUGAGUCCAUCUGUAAUGACCCUGGCAUCAUUGCAGAAAACAUCAGGCAAGUAAAACUUGGAAGCCCUGAUUACAUAGACUGUGACCGGGAAAAGGUUCUGGAAGACUUUCUAAAGAGAAUUGAGUGCUAUGAGGUUAACUACCAACCCUUGGAUGAUGAACUGGACAGCCACCUCUCCUACAUCAAGAUCUUCGAUGUGGGCACACGCUACAUGGUGAACCGAGUGCAAGACCACAUCCAGAGCCGCACAGUCUACUAUCUCAUGAACAUCCAUGUCACACCCCGCUCCAUCUACCUAUGCCGGCAUGGUGAGAGUGAACUAAACCUCAGAGGCCGCAUUGGAGGUGACUCUGGCCUCUCAGCUCGGGGCAAGCAGUAUGCUUAUGCCCUGGCCAACUUCAUUCAGUCCCAGGGCAUCAGCUCCCUGAAGGUGUGGACCAGCCACAUGAAGAGGACUAUCCAGACAGCUGAGGCCCUGGGUGUUCCUUAUGAGCAGUGGAAGGCCCUGAACGAAAUUGAUGCGGGUGUCUGUGAGGAGAUGACCUAUGAAGAAAUCCAGGAACACUACCCUGAGGAAUUUGCACUACGGGACCAAGAUAAAUAUCGCUACCGCUAUCCCAAGGGAGAGUCCUAUGAGGAUCUGGUUCAGCGUCUGGAGCCAGUUAUAAUGGAGCUAGAACGGCAGGAAAAUGUACUGGUGAUCUGCCACCAGGCUGUCAUGCGGUGCCUCCUGGCCUACUUCUUGGAUAAGAGCUCAGAUGAGCUGCCAUAUCUCAAGUGUCCUUUGCACACAGUGCUUAAACUCACACCUGUGGCUUAUGGCUGCAAAGUGGAGUCCAUCUACCUGAAUGUGGAAGCUGUAAACACACACCGGGAGAAACCUGAGAAUGUGGACAUCACCCGAGAACCUGAGGAAGCCCUGGACACUGUCCCUGCCCAUUACUGA